AUGAAAUCAGAUAUUCACGAUAAUGAUAAUAGUCCAAAUAAUAAUUUGGAAAUUAUAAAUCUAGAAUUGAUAAAUAAAAUAAAAAUAUUAGAAAAUGAAAAUAACCAAUUAAAAGAAUCAUUAAAUUUUUUUAAAAAUGAAAUUAUUACAUUAAAUAAUAAAUUUAACAAUAUUAACAUUAAUAAUAAUAAUAAUAAUAAUAAUAAUAAUAUUAGUAAUAAUAAUAAUAGUGAUGGCAACAAUGAUGAUAAUAAUAAUAAUAAUGAUUUAAAUAAUUAUAAUGAUAAAGUUUUUUUUAAAGUUUUUAGAAAUAUUUAUUUAAAAAAUCAAAUUAUAAAACAUUUAAGAAUAUAUAGUAUUUUUAGCGUUAUUAAAGUUACAACAUAUUCAGAAUUAGAAAGUCUUUUUUUUAAAAAUUAUAUUAUAGAGUUAUAUUACCAAUCAAAUGACCUAUUAAAGAAAGUUCCAUUAUCGGUUACAAGACUUAUUUUUGGUAAAGAAUAUUUUCAACCAUUAAAAAAAGGAGAUAUACCAAAUACAGUUGUCGAUUUGGUUUUGGAUUCUUAUAACCAUCCUUUAAAUAGAUGCAUACCAGAUUCGGUUACAAAGUUAACAAUGUUUUCAUUUAAUCAUCCUCUAGAGUAUUUGGAUUUACCAAAAUCAGUUGUUACACUUAAAAUGUUUUUUUUUAAUCAACCAUUAAAACCAAAUUUAAUUCCACCAGUAAAAACUUUAAAGCUCUUCAAUUAUAAUAGAACCCUUUAUCCAGAUCACUUACCCAAUUCAAUUGAAACUUUAAAACUAUCAGCUUAUCAUCAUACAUUAAGAGCAGGUGCAAUCCCAAUGUCAGUAACCAAGUUAACUCUGGACGAUUAUAAUAGACCAUUACUUGCUGGUUCUAUACCUUUUUCUGUCCGUAACUUAAAAAUCCAAUCAUUCAACUUUCCAAUCCCCGAUGGUGCAAUACCCAAUACUCUAACUUUACUUAGACUCAAUAGAAACUAUUCCCAGCCUUUUGUAAAAGUAAAAAUACCUCAAAAUGUAACAGUAAAAUAUUAUUAA